AUGUCGCGCAAACCGGUCGAUGUGGCGUCGAAGGAGCGCAACGAAUACAUUCCCUCCUUCAUCUCGAAAAAGCCGUUCUACGUCGAUGAUGAUUCAGGCAACGACUACCUAGAGCACCAGCGUCUCAACAAGACAACCCAAGAUCAGUCCAAAUGGUACGACAGAGGAAAACGCGCGGGUCCAGCAGCGACCAAAUAUCGCAAAGGCGCAUGCGAGAACUGCGGCGCAAUGACCCAUAAGACCAAAGAAUGCUUGAGUCGACCCCGAAAGCAGGGUGCCAGGUGGACUGGAAAGGACAUUCAAGCGGACGAGGUCCUCCAAAAGGUGGACAUGGGUUGGGAUGCCAAAAGAGAUCGGUGGAACGGCUACGACGCCAGCGAGUAUCGCCAAGUCGUCGACGAAUAUGAAGAGCUAGAAUCAAUGAAGCGCACAGCAAAGGAAGGCGCGGAUCUCAAGAAGCUUAUGGAUAGGGAAGACGGCGAUGAGGCUCUGGAGGAAGACAUACGAUACGCCGAAGAAUCUGACAUGGGCCGGCAACAAAGCACCGCUACGCGCAACCUGCGUAUCCGAGAAGAUACCGCCAAAUAUCUGCUCAACCUCGAUCUUGAUUCUGCGAAAUAUGAUCCGAAGACUCGACGGAUGGUGGAUAUGGGUGCACAAGAAGACCAGGCCUCUGCUCUUGUGGCUGAAGAGAACUUUAUCCGGGCUUCCGGCGAUGCGGCUGAGUUUGAAAAGGCUCAGAAGUACGCCUGGGACUCUCAAGAGAAGGGCAUGGCACAGAUUCAUCUUCAAGCGAAUCCGACAUCCGGAGAGGUGCUCCGGAAGAAAGAAAUGCAGGAGGGUGAUGCUAAACGCCAAGCCCACCGCAAGGCCCUUUUGGAGAAAUACGGGGGCAGUGAACAUCUUCAGCCGACACCUUUACGAGACACCAUGGUCAUCGAGAACGAACGAUUCGUUGAGUACGAUGAGAGUGGCGCUAUCAAGGGUGCACCCAAGAAUGCUACUAAGUCCAAGUAUCCUGAAGAUGUGUUACCCAACAACCAUACUUCAGUCUUUGGCAGUUGGUGGUACGAGUUCAAGUGGGGUUAUGCAUGCUGUUACUCCACAGUGAAGAACAGCUAUUGUACCGGCGAAGACGGAAAGAAGGCUUUUGAAGAAGAGGGCAACAUGCUGAUGCUGGCCGGGGGCGACGAGGAACCCAACCAAGAAACUCUCGACCCCGAGCCCGUCAGUGCCCGUGGGCAAGAUCAGGAAUCUGCGAAUGGGAAGAAACGGACUAUCGAAGAGUUGAAGUCUGGGAUCACCGAGGAAGAAAUGGAAUCGUACAAGCGCAGUAGGCUGGCUGCGGAUGAUCCGAUGGCCAACUUCAUUGGGAAAGACGAUGAAUAA